UCUGUGAGCUGUUUGGGAGAGCUCAGUUUUAAGAGACCAGUCUCCAGGAGGAGAAGAAGAAGAACAAGAGAUACCUGAAAAAAAAGAAUAACAACAAAUAAAAUCAUCACCAGAAAAUUGGAUUUUGAGUUUAGAGCUGACAAGAGAAAGAGAAGCUUUCGACGCGACCUUCUGACCUGUGGACGGUCCCCACGAUGCUGCUCCUUCUGUCGCUGUGUGUGUGCGGCCUUCCUGCUGGGAGGCGGCGCUCAGGAGACCUGUGGAGGGGCGACGACCGGAGCGGGCGGUGCCAGUACACAUUCACCGUGCCCAGCCCCGCCGAGGCCAGCUGCCCGCAGACGGGGGGCCCCGAGGUGGAGGGCCUGAAGGCCAGACUCAGCCUGCUGGAGGUGCUGGUGUCCCGGCUGAGCGGAGGGGACACCGCCGCCAGCCGGGGGCCCCAAUCGGGGCUUCAGGAGGCGCUGGACCGGACCACGGGGGAGAGGAACCUGCUGCGGGGGGAGAAGGAGCGUCUGGAGCAGGAGCUGGAGGGGUUUCAGCGCAGGGUGGAGGAGAUGAGGAGGGAGGCGGAGCACUUGAGGAGCAGACCGUGUCCUCCGCAGACCCCCGUGCUGCCGCCGAGCCCCCCUCUGCCGGACAGCGGCCUGACGAGACCCGCCGGGGGCUCCAGUCCCAUGUCUCACCUGGUGACCCGGACCAACAGGCAGGGGGACAGCAGCAGCCUGAGAGACUCGGCGUGGCAGCGCGGUUCUUCGGGUUUCCAGGAGCUGAAGGCCGAGGUGACGGAGGUGCCGGCUCCCGAUGGAUCCGAGGACAGCACAGGUUGUGGGGAGUUGGUUUCCGUCGGUGAGCCGGUGACUCACAGGAAGGCGGACAACAUCGCAGGUAAAUAUGGCGUCUGGAUGCAGGACCCCCAGGCCGUGUCCCCUUACGGACCGGAUAUGGUCUGGCGCAUCGACACCAUCGGCGCCGACGUCCGGCAGCUGUUCGGGUACGACGACAUGGAGCAACUCGCUAAAGGCUUCCCGUCCAAGGUCCUGAUUUUGCCAGAGCUGGUGGAGAGCACCGGCGCCACUCUGUACCGAGGCUCCCUGUACUACCAGCGGCGUCGCAGCCGCUCCAUCAUCCGCUUCGACCUGGCCUCGGAGAGCACCGCGGCCCGCCGCGACCUCCCCCACGCCGGCUUCCACGGCCAGUUCCCGUACUCCUGGGGCGGCUACACGGACAUCGACCUCUCGGUGGACGAGCGCGGGCUGUGGGCCGUCUACUCCACCAACAAGGCCAAAGGGGCCAUCGUGAUCUCGCGGCUGGACCCGCACAGCCUGGACGUGAAGAGGAGCUGGGAGACCAACAUCAGGAAGAACUCCGUGGCCAACACCUUCAUGGUCUGCGGCAGGCUGUACGCCGUGGCCAGCUACACGGCGCCGGACACCGUCGUCAACUACGUGUACGACACGAGGACCGGCCAGGGGAAGUCCAUCGCCAUCCCCUUCCGGAACAAGUACCGCUACAACAGCAUGAUCGACUACAACCUGGCUCAGAGGAAGCUGUUCGCCUGGGACAACUUCCACAUGGUGUCCUACGACCUGAGGCUGGGCCGCCAGCAGGCCGACUGAGGCCGCCAUUUUCCUUUCUUCAAAGACUCGGAGCUUUCAGAGCCCAAUGCGCACGGUAGUCGUAGUCGUAGUCCGAAAGCCAACGCCGCCGACGUAUCGGCGUGAAGAAGAGCUACCAAAACACCAAAAGGGAGAACGUGAAGACGUUUAAAAAUUAAAAUGUCUUCAGUGGGUGGGGCUUUUGUUGUGGCUCCGCCCACAAAUAGGUUUUUAGAGGAAUUAUUUUUGUACUGCCUUCAAUAUAUGAUUGUUGUCUUCCUGAUAAGCUGUAGCAUUAAAUAUAUAUAUUUGUGUGUGUGUAUACAAAUAUAUUUGAGGACUGAAAGAUUAAUGAAGUUUACAAUAAAGGAUAAUCAGAGCAUACAAUUAAAAUAAACUGCAUGCACUGUUGUCAACAGAAUGUCACGUUGAAGAUCAUGAAAUAAACGUCCUGAAUUA